CUUCUUCAAGCACCUUGUCCGUCAUCUUCUGUUCAUCAACCACAGCGAGUCAUCAACAACUGCCACAAUGUCUGUCACCAAUCUGCUCUGCAACAAACUGGGCUUCCCAUGCCACCACAUCGCAAUAUCAACGGGGAAUUCGACGACAGAUGGCCAGUUUCUGGUCGGAGUCGAGGCUUGGGCGAAGACUCAGGAGCUUCUCGUGUACCUCUCCUGCGGAACAUUUAUCAAUGUCUGGAGGUGCGCAAGAGGGUCCCAUGGAACACGGAACGUGGAUACGACUCCUGUAUGCUUGGUCGACGUCUCUGCCGUUCGAGAGCGGAUUGGCGGGAUAAGGAGGCACGUUGCAUGAGAAGCGAAGUCGACAACCAUACGCAACGAAACUCUUCCGGCGAUAUCAGGGUGGGAAAUGUUCGCAAAAGCACGUGUUCGCAGGGUGAGAGCCAGUUCGCCAACUAGAAGGAAACAAUUUCGCAUCGCACUAACAGUGAAUAAAAGCC